CUCUUUAAGGUUCUAAUUAAAAGUACAACCAAUUAUGCCGAAUCGUAGCGACUACACAAUAGGCUGGAUCUGCGCUCUUAGCACAGAGCAAAUCGCCGCAGAGGAAUUUCUCGACGAGGAGCAUCAGGCUCCGGAUGACAUACCUCCAACUGAUUCCAACCACUAUACCUUGGGCUCUAUCGGAAAACAUAAUAUCGUCAUUACUGUUCUGCCUCGUGAUGAGUACGGAAUAGCUUCCGCAGCCAACGUAGCUACCAACCUUUUGAGAAGUUUUCCCAAUGUUAGGAUUGGUCUGCUUGUCGGCAUCGGUGGUGGCGCACCAAGUGAGAAGCAUGAUAUUCGCUUGGGGGAUGUUGUGGUCAGCGCAGCUUCAGCCAACGAUGGAGGUGUUUUCCAGUAUGACUUUGGGAAGACAAUUCAAGGGGAGAGUUUCCAAAACACUGGGUUUCUAAACAUGCCCCCGACGGUACUUCGAACAGCCGUAUCAAGUUUAAGAACACAACACAAACGUAAAGGCCACCAACUGGAGGAAGAGAUUGACAAUGUCCUGAAGAGUAAUAAAAGGCUACGGAGAGAGUUUGGGAGACCACAAGCAGACAGCGACAGGCUCUUUAGGCCCGGUGUGGUCCAUAAUCCAGGUGACUGUGCCACAACAUGUGCGCAAGACGAAUCAAGUUUAAUAAUGCGUCGCAAGAGGAUUGAAGACGAAGAGGAUGACCCUGCUAUUCAUUAUGGUCUGAUCGCUUCUGCCAAUCAGUUGAUGAAAGACGCCUCCAUUCGAGAUAAGCUAUCCGCUGAAAAAGAGGUUUUGUGCUUUGAGAUGGAAGCAGCAGGCUUAGUGAACCACUUCCCCUGCCUGGUCAUCCGUGGGAUAUGUGAUUACUCCGACUCACACAAAAAUAAAGAGUGGCAAGGCUAUGCAGCUAUGACGGCGGCAGCAUACGCGAAAGACUUGAUCCGUCAGCUUCACCCAAGCAAGGUUGAAGCUGAACAAAGACUCAGCGAAGUCCUUGAUGAAGUUCUUGACGCAACAAUCGGCAUCAAGACGAAUGUUCAAGAUAUACGAUCGCAGCUACAGUCGGAAGAAGACUAUAAAAUUCUAGAGUGGUUAAGCGAUUCUGAUUACAGUCGUCAGCACAAUGACAACAUCUACAGACGCCAAAAAGGCACUGGCCAAUGGCUCUUGAACUCAAAAGAAUACCAAGACUGGUUAUCAACAAGUAAGCAAAAGCUAUUUUGUCCGGGUAUACCUGGGGCUGGGAAGACUAUUCUCACUGCAAUUGUGAUUGAUAAUUUGCAUACCCGGUCCCUGGAUGAUUCGACCGUUGGUAUUGCAUAUCAUUAUUGCAACUUCAAGCGCCAAGAAGAGCAAACAGCUGUUAGCUUAAUGGCGAGUCUCCUGAAACAGCUUUGUUCCUACCAGAGAUCCUUGCCAGACGUUGUAAAGGCUGUCCAUAAAAAGCACAGAGUCAAUAAAACCCGACCAUCUCUCGAGGACAUCUCAAUCGCUCUUCAGUCUGUCGCUAGUAUAUAUUCCAAAGUCUUUAUCGCAAUCGACGCACUUGAUGAAUGUCAGCCUACAGAGCGAUCUGUAUUCCUUUCUAAGCUCUUUGAUCUUCAAGCUAAGGCUGAGAUUAAUAUUUUCGCAACUUCACGUCCAAUUUUGGAGGUUGAGAAGUUUUUCAAUGGAUGCCAAUCCAUAGACAUCGUUGCUACCCAGGAUGAUGUAUACAAAUACAUCGAUGGAAAUAUAUCUCAACUUCCCAGUUUCCAACAUAAUCCCGACCUCAAGGACCUGAUUGGGAUGGAAAUUUCAACAAGUGUUCGCGGAAUGUUUCUCUUAGCACAACUCUACCUCAAGUCACUCGAUGAUAAAUUAACGGCAAAAGAAGUGAGAAAAGCACUCGAACGAAUCAAGCUGCGGGGGCAGAAAGAAGAAAACUUCAAAAUCCUGCGCGACGCGUAUGAUGAUACAGUAGAGCGAAUCAAGUCCCAGAAAAAUGGCUUCCGCAAACUAGCAGAAAAGACCUUAUCCUGGAUAAGCCAUGCAAAGAGGCAGCUUACGGUGAUAGAGCUUCAACAUGCUCUUGCAGUAGAUCUUGAGAUAGACAACGGAGAGAUUCCACGAGACUUCGACAAUGAAAGUAAACCAGGAAUUGACCUCAUAGUCUCAGUCUGCUGUGGAUUGGUCACAACAGACCAAGACAUAUCCGACGAAGACGGUCGAGCCAUCCGAUUGGUUCACUAUACAACGCAAGAAUACCUGAAUCAAGCACGGAAAGAGUGGUUUCCGGAAGCAGAAAAAGGAAUCGCCGAUGUUUGCGCUGUAUAUCUCUCAUUCGAUGUCUUUGAGAGCGGCGUACUUCUGUUUGAAACCAAUGCUUCGUAUCGGGAAAAGUAUGAAGGGGUUGACAAGAGGCUACAGUCGAAUCCUUUCUAUGCCUAUGCAGCUAUGAACUGGGGGCACCACGCACGCGAAUCAAAUACCUCCAGCCGGAUUAUACGAAAGUUUCUUGCAGAUGACAACAAAAUUCAAGCUGCAGCCGAAGUCAUGCUUCAUAUGAACCCUGAAGCAUUAUGGUGCCAAGAAUCAGAGGAACAUAAUAAUAUAACGGGGCUGUUUCUGGUUUCUGUUUUUGGAGCUACCAGGUUGGCACAAGAGCUGCUAGAUACACCAACCACGAGAUUAGAAGAUAGCCUUGGUACGGCCCUUGUAUGCGCGGCAUUUGGAGGAUACACAAGCUUAGUUAAAUUGCUUCUUGGCAAAGUGGAAGGUGGUCAUACGGACUUGGUUCGAGCACUUAUAACGUAUGGUGCCGAUCCCAACAAAAAAUAUAAACACGAUGGAAGUUGGAUGGCUCUUUUGGAAGCUGUUUCGAACGAGCAUCUAACUAUUGCUGAGCUACUUCUUGAAAAUGGCGCUGAUUAUACUUCACGCCUGGAUACACCUGGCGAGACCUACACAGCCAUUGACGUGGCAAUACUGCAAGGCAAUAAGUGCAUGGUUCAACUGUUUCUUGAUAAAGUUACUCAACCAAUUGAAAAGGCAACGCAAGUCAAAAGAAUGGUGCUUUCUUCAGCGGUUGUGUAUCAGAAUACAGAAGUUGCCCAGUUGGUUUUUGAGAAGGAUUCCGGUCUAGAUUUAAAGGGGGAUUAUGGUACGGAGCUGCUUUUUCUAGCAGUAGAUGAGGGUCGGAGAAAUCGACAUAUAAUCGAACUGCUCCUCGAGAAAGGUGCGAGCCCCAACGUAAACGGCUCUGAUGAAACGGAGAGGCCACUGUCAGAAGAAGAACGUGCAGAGAGAGAAUGGCUUGCUCAAGAGUUGGACGAAUACUUGAAUGCUGCAUAGCAAAGCUUACAAUAUACAUAUCUGUUAGUCCAAAUGUACGAAUGCAAGCUUAGAGGGAGUUAAAAUAGCUGCUCAAGUAUAGAGAGCACUUUUGUUGGAGAUAGCCGUGGAUCUUUUC